UCGGCCGCGGGCGGAGGGCGGCGUGUGCCGUCGGGAGUUUCGAGCCAGCCGUGCUGCGGCUCCGCGGAGGGGCCGGCGGGCGGAGUGGGCCCGGAUCCGGGAGGCUUGAGGGGACGCGCCGGGGCGGCGAGGCUCGCGGCCUGAGGGAGACCAAGAGAAGGAACAUGACAUUUGGUGCUGGUGGACUUGCUUCGGAUUCAUGCCUUUUCAUUUGCUAAUUUUGUGAGUUGGGAGCAUCCCUGAAGAUGUCAACACUGAGGAUUUGGCUAACACAAGCUUUGCUUAUUUUUCUCACCACUGGAUCUAUAGGUCAAAUUGUGGAACCAUGUGGUUAUAUCUACCCCGAGUUUCCGGUUGUACAGCGUGGCUCUAACUUCACUGCCAUUUGUGUGCUAAAGGAAAAGUGUCUCCAGCAGUACGACGUGAAUGCUAGUUUCAUCGUGUGGAAGACAAACCAUGUUGCUGUUCCCAAGGAGCAGGUCACCGUCAUCAACAGAACCACGUCUAGUGUCACCUUCACAGACAUGAUCCUCCCGACGGUCCAGCUCACCUGCAAUGUCUUGUCAUUUGGGCAGAUCGAACAGAACGUGUACGGAACCACCGUACUUUCAGGCUUUCCCCCAGAUAUACCUACAAAUUUGAGUUGCAUUGUGAAUGAGGGGAAGAAUAUGCUGUGUCAGUGGGACCCAGGAAGGGAGACGUUCCUGGAAACAAACUACACGUUGAAGUCUGAGUGGGCAACAGAAAAGUUUCCUGAUUGUCUAACAAAGCAUGGCACCUCGUGCAUGGUUAGCUACCCUCCUAUCUAUUUUGUCAACAUUGAAGUCUGGGUGGAAGCAGAAAAUGCCCUCGGGAAGGUCUCAUCAGAGGGUAUCAAUUUUGAUCCCGUGGAUAAAGUGAAACCCAGCCCACCACAUAAUUUAUCAGUGAGCAACUCAGAGGAAUUAUCCAGUAUAUUAAAGUUAACAUGGAUCAAUUCAGGUUUUGGCAGUUCUUCAAGGCUGAAAUCCGACAUUCAAUAUAGGACCAAAGAUGCCUCAACUUGGAUCCAGGUUCCUCUUGAAGAUACAGAGUCUCCCCGAACUUCCUUCACCAUCCAGGACCUUAAACCUUUCACAGAGUAUGUGUUUAGGAUCCGCUCCAUAAAGGAGGAUGGCAGAGGCUACUGGAGCGACUGGAGUGAGGAGUCAAGUGGGGUCACGUAUGAGGACCGCCCAUCCAAACCGCCAAGUUUCUGGUAUAAGAUAAAUCCACCCCAUACUCCGGAAUCUAGAACUGCACGGCUCAUAUGGAAGGAAUUACCUCUUUCUGAAGCCAAUGGAAAAAUCUUGGAUUAUGAAGUGACUCUUACACAGUGGAAAUCAUUUUCACAAAAUUACACAGUUAAUGGUACAGAAUUGAUAGUAAAUCUCACAAAUAAUCGCUAUACAGCAUCUCUAGCAGCAAGAAAUAAGGUUGGCAGAUCAGAUCCAGCUGUCCUCACCAUCCCCAGCUCCCACUUCAAAGCCUCUCACCCUGUAGUGGAUCUUAGCGCAUUCCCAAAAGAUAAGAAGCUCUGGGUAGAAUGGACUCCUCCACCAAAACCUGCGAAGAAAUACAUAAUCGAGUGGUGUGUGUUGUCAGAUAACUCACCCUGUGUCCCAGAUUGGCAGCAGGAAGGUGGCACCGUGACACAGACCUACUUAAGAGGAAGCCUCCUGGAGAGCAAGUGUUACCUGAUCACCGUGACUCCGGUGUUCUCCAAUGGGCCCGGGAGCUCCGAGUCAGUAAAGGCCUACCUCAAACAGGCCGCACCUUCUAGAGGACCCAUUGUUCGGACAAAGAAAGUGGGGAAAAAUGAAGCUGUCUUAGAAUGGGACCAGCUUCCUGUUGAUGAACAGAAUGGAUUUAUUAGAAACUACUCUAUCUCUUAUAGAACCAUCAUUGGAAAUGAAAUUGUUGUGCAUGUGGACUCUUCCCACACAGAAUAUACACUGUCCUCCUUGAGUAGUGAUACGCUGUACAUGGUCCAAAUGGCAGCAUACACAGAUGAGGGUGGAAAAGAAGGUCCGGAAUUCACUUUCACAACACCAAAGUUUGCUCAAGGAGAAAUAGAAGCCAUAGUCGUGCCUGUGUGUUUAGCAUUCCUCCUGACGACUCUUCUGGGCGUCCUGUUCUGCUUUAAUAAACGAGACCUAAUUAAAAAACACAUCUGGCCUAAUGUUCCAGAUCCUUCAAAGAGUCAUAUCGCGCAGUGGUCACCUCAUACCCCCACAAGGCACAAUUUUAGCUCCAAAGAUCAAAUGUAUUCGGAUGGUAAUUUCACUGAUGUGAGCGUUGUGGAAAUAGAGGCCAACAACAAAAAGCCUUGUCCGGACGAUCUGAAGUCCCUGGACCUGUUCAAGAAGGAGAAAGUGAGCAUGGAAGGCCACAGCAGCGGCAUUGGGGGGUCUUCCUGCAUGUCGUCGUCCAGGCCCAGCAUCUCCAGCACCGAGGAGGCGGGGUCUGCUCAGAACACCGCCAGCACCGUGCAGUACUCCACCGUGGUGCACAGUGGCUACCGGCACCAGGUUCCCUCGGUGCAGGUCUUCUCCAGGUCCGAGUCCACCCAGCCCCUGCUGGACUCCGAGGAGCGUCCCGAUGAGCUGCAGUUGGCGGAUCCCGUGGACGUCAGUGAGGAGGUUCUGCCCAGGCAACAGUAUUUUAAACAGAACUGCAGUCAGCCGGAAGCCAGUCCAGAUAGUUCACAUUUUGAGAGGUCGGGCAGUGAGGAGGGUUCCGUCAGACUGAAGCCACAGCAGGUCUUAGGUCACAUCUCCCAGCCCUGCGGGUCUGAGCAGCGGAGGCUGUUCCAGGAAGGCCCUGCAGCAGACGCUCUUGGCCCAGGAACUGAUGGACAAGUAGAGCGGUUUCAACCGGUUGGAAUGGAGACAGCCAUGGAUGAAGAAAUUCCCAAGAGUUACUUGCCUCAGACUGUAAGACAAGGUGGCUACAUGCCGCAGUGAAAGACUGGCCUGCACAGCCUCAGCAGGUCCUGUGAAGGGAAGCUAAAAUCCUCGUCUGUGACUUCAGAUGAAAAAUCAGCUUCACUCCUGAAAAUUGUCAUUGCCCCUGAGGACAAAGUCUCAAGGGGCAUCUCCGUUCCAGAUGUCUGGGACUCUCCUCCAAGCACUACAUGAACUGACUUCAUCCUCUGAACAGCUGAAGGACUGUUUCAGGAUGUCUGCACUGAAGAAAACAAAGUGUGUCUGAGAUUUAGGAAGCUUUUUGUUUUGCUCCACAGAAAGCAGAAUUCUAAUGAGCCGAGGCAUAGUACAACGUGCUGGUUUAAUAAGACUAGUCAUCCAGAUGCCAGGAGCAAAGGUCUAGACCCUCUUCAGCCAGCAGCAUCAUUUAAAAGGGCCAUGGGGCAGACUGUCCAGAUUUUGUCGUUUGGCAAAAGAAAUAGUGAGGCCAGGUUCGUUUCUGGUUCUACAGUUAGAGAACAUUGCCUGCCCUGCUGUUUCUAUCAGAGCUGCCCGUUGUUACUGAAGGAAAGGACGAACUUUAAAAAUGAGCAACAGAGAAGUUCCCAUUUUCUUACUAUUACCCCAGACCUCUCACAACUCUGCUCAUUGAUAACCUCUUUAAAGUGAAUUUCACCAACCCUGUAGAGGGUGCUGAUAGGGCUCCAGUGAACUCCAGCUGUCAACCAGGGCACUAAUAGAGCUCCAGUGAACUCCAGCUGUCAACCAGGGCGCUGAUAGGGCUAGCAGUGAACUCCAGCUGUCAACCAGGGCUCUGAUAGGGCUAGCAGUGAACUCCAGCUGUAAACCAGCUCAAGCAUUUACAAAAUUGUUUAAGCUGCUGACAGUUUUCUGAAUGCACACAAACACCAGGACAGAUGAUUCCAAAGGCUGGUUGAGGAAGCACUUUAUACAGUAUGUAUUCAGCUCAAAAUGAUUUUAAUUGACUCCACCUUGUUUUUAUUUUCAAGAAUAGCAAGGUGUUUACUGAAGGACAGCAUUCACCACAGCCCCAAGCAGAACCCCAGAACACAAGCCGUCUUAAUGGCCGCCACAGUGGCUGAGGGCCUUGUCGAAUGGAGCUGAAGAAGCUGUAGGGUUUUGUAGAGUUUGCUGGGUGGGGAUUGAACCCAUGGCCUUGUACAUGCUAGACACUCUACCACUGAGCUCCCCACCCACACAUCUCAUUAUGUUGUUUAGGCUCAAGUGAUCCUCCUGUCCCAGCUUCCUGAGUACCUGGGACUUGGGGUGUGUGCUGCCACACCCAACAAGAGAUGGCAUUUUUAAUAUCUGCCAUUGCUGAGGUAGAGUUUUACAUGUGACUUAGGAGUAUCUUAAACCUAGUCCUUCUGGUUGCUUUGUGAAGGGACAGUCCAGGCAAUCCAGGGGUUAGGACUAAAGCCAUUAAUGUAUUUGUGCCUAACUUCCCAGUGUGACCUGGCCAGGGGCUAAAGGGAGAAGCUGAGUGGACAGGAAGGGGCUUCUCCGUUAGUGGCCGGUCACCACUAAGUGUGCUCACAGGAAAAGUUGGGAAGUUUCAGAGCAUGGGCACACUUGAGUAGUUCUGGCAAAAGGCUACGAAAAAUGAUACUCGUUAAGUUGGAUGCAGUUUUACCUUUUACUCUCAGAAUGUUGUUUAUAUUAGAUUUGCUGAUAUAUGUUAUCACUUCUAUUUUUAUAAUAGCUAAUACUUUUCUGAGUCCCUUCACAUGUAUAAUCCUUGUGAGACAGUAGACACUUUGUUCUAUAUUUUUGUUUAUAGUCAGUUGCCCACUUGGCAGAACCAACAUGAAACUGAGAAAAUGGCAGAAUUGAAAGUAGAUGAUGAAAAGUCAGGGGCAGAGAGGUCAGGUAGGGUCAAAGAGACCAGAAUUCACACUACAGAGCAGUGGCGUGAUCACAUUCAAACUGGACCUCAAAGCCUGGUCCAGAUCAAGACUGAAUUUUCUAUGUAUGUAUGUCAAGAAAUUAACACUUGUAAAUGUUUUGUUUUCUCACAGAGGUAGUCUAGUCAUGUUGCUGUAUUCAUGUUUAGCUAUAACCUUCCUCACAUUGAAUAGUGGUGCUGUGAACAUUGUAGUGUGACGUCUGCACUGGGGGCGGGGGGCAGUUAUCCAGUGUGAGUUUAUGAAUGAGAAUGAGCGACCAUUGAAGGAAGACCAAAAUAAAGCAAGUUUGCAUGUUGAAUCCCAUUCAGAAAAUGUCCCAGUGAGCCAGUGCCCCCACCAACGGAGAUGGUAGUGUGGCCACUGCAUGAAAACUCAUUCAGGAAAUGUAUAAUGGAUCAGCUUUGCCCUGAGAGAGAAAAACCAAUCGUGAAACUCAUCUUAAAUACAGACUUUGCUGCAGCAUGUUUUAGAAUAAUCUGGAUGCAUGUACCUUGUAUUUUAGGUAGACAAAGAAACUAUUCUGGCUUCUUUGUGUAAAACUAGUCUAAUAAAGCUAGUGUGUAGUUACUCUUUAA